GAAGACGUGGCUCCGACGUUCCUCUACAACGGACCGGGGUGUUUAAAUUUAAACUGAGUAAGAAGAGGGGCUUUUUAGAUCAAUCUGACAUUUAAUGAGUAGCUAGCUAAUACUUUUAUAGUUUAAAGCAACAUUCAUUAUUUUCAUUGAUGCGUUUGGAUUAACGUUUUGCAAUGUCUGGGAAAAUCAAGAGCCGAAGCGCAGCAAAUGCCGACUCGUUAUCUGGAAGUGUGUCUUGCGAUGAGCGCAUUUUACGGGACUGUCAUCAGUUGUACAUCGAUGCCGACAGUGGCCUGGUAGCAGUGGCUCAGUCAGUUGGUGUGACUCUGCUGGCACCCAGGAAAAAGAUCACAGUCAUGUUGAUGGGCAACCACUCUGCCGGCAAGAGCUCCUUCAUCAAUUGGUAUGUGGAGGAGCACAUCCAGCGUACAGGAGUGGCCAUUGAGACUCAAGGCUUCAGCUUUGUCACUAGUGGGCGCAAGAGAGAGUCUCUCACAGGAAAUGCCACGCUGCAUCUUUACCCACACUUCAGACCUCUACACGAGAUCAAGGGUGUGUCUGAGUACCUGGGCACUGAGAUCUGCACGUCGCGGCAGAAGCGCUUCAGCCUGGUGACGUUUGUGGACUCUCCUGGCUUGGUGGACGGGGACAUGAAGUACCCCUUCGAUGUGGACCAAGCCAUCAUGUGGCUGGGCGAGCUGUGUGACCUCAUCAUGGUGUUCUUUGACCCAAUGGGCCAGGCGCUAUGCAAGCGUACCCUCAACAUCGUCGAGAAGCUCAACGAGAAGCACGGCGACCGCCUGCGCUUCUACCUCAGCAAGGCCGACGAGGCCGGCGGAGAGUCGGACAGACAGAGGGUGAUGAUGCAGAUAGUGCAGGAACUGUGCAAGCGGCCGGGACUCAACAAGUGUGGCUUCGACAUGCCUACCAUCUAUGUACCCAACCCCAACAAGCCCAGUCGCUGUGUGAACCAGAUUGAGGAGGCAUGUCGCACCAUCGAGAAGACCAUCAACCAGACGGUCCAGAACACACUCAACUCACUAGAGAAGGACUGUGAGCUCAUCACUGAGGCCAUUGCAGAUACACUCAGCCAAGACAGGCAGACCAGUGUAGAUAACCGGCGGGCGCGCUGUAAGGGCUGUGUGUUGGCUCUGCUGGGCUUCAGUGUGCCCUUCAUGCUGAUGGCAGCCCUGGUGCUGGGCAGCCUCUCCAGAGAGCUGCUAGAGAUGGCCCUGGGGGAUGACGGCAUCGAGGCCCUCUCUCUCUACCUGACUCCUGUAGUGAGAGUGUUUGAGUCCAUGUCCGUGGAGUAUCAGCUGUACAGUUGUGGCGGACUCAUCCUCCUCUCCUUCAUACUCCUCAUCCUCGCCCGCUUCUCCUUCAGGACUCAGCCCACUCUCUCUGGCCGACAGAAGAGGCAGCUACAGGAAAAGCUGGAUUAUGUGCAGGAGGUGGUGAAGUCCAAGAAGAAGAAGCUCUAUGAGGAAUACCUUCGCCAGAGUGUGGGCGAUCAAGAUAUGGACUGAUAGAGAAAGCAAGGGAUGGAUCCACUGGAGAAUACCACUGAACAUCCCCACUGUAGAGGACCAAAUGUAAUGUAGGGUUUAAACUGUUCAGGCUUUACUUUCCUGGCCAUGCCUUUAUGGUGCAUUCAUGACAAGUCGGAAACUCUGAGUUAAAAUGAACAUACAUUAUUUGCGUAGAGCAGGGCUGUUCAAUGUCGGUCAUGGAGGGCCAAAACACUUCUGGUGUUCAUCCUGUCCUUCUAAUCGGGGACUGAUUCAGACCUGGGACACCAGGCGAGUGCAAUUUACUACCAGGUAGAAACAAAAACCAACUUGGGCCUCCUCUUUCUACAACGAAUUUCCAAGUCUAAAAUUUCGGAGUUUCCGAGUUGUCUUAAACGCACCAUUUACGUGUCACUCCAGAGCACGCAGGGUGACAUGGGAAAUGUAUCCUUGUCUAAGUGUUGUCAGUCCAAUGUCUGUUCAUUCAUGUAAUUGUAAACCAUAGAUCACCUUAAUUUCUGAUACAGUAAGCUCUUAGAAACCAACUCCUAACUCUGGCACUCAUAUUGCUUUUCAAAUCCUAAUGAUGCAAACUGACAUGGGACCAGUAUUUUUGUAUGAGAUACAUUUCUGUUCACUAACUACAUUACGAAUUGAACAAAGCAUUUCUAUACAUUUUUGUACAAUGUUUUUGGUAUCCACAGCUGAGCCUGUUUGCUAUUCCAGGCUUCAACAUUUCAGGCUCAGACAAACACCUAUGAUGCAAUAUAAACCAAUAACAUUACAUGAGGAUCAUGGGACCUGUAUUUUUGUACAAGGUGAACUCUCAGCAAUCAAUGUCUCUGUUAGCAAAUCAGCAUCAAAUGACUUAUGCAGUACUGUUUACUUGCUGUUCCUUUUGUUCACAUGUAACUGUUCAAAGCAGCAAAUGUGCAGUUCCACACAUUUUCUGACCAUGAAUAUGUCAAUUGUUUCUAACUGGAAGACUAUGUAAUGGAAGACUCAUGAAUAAGCACAGAGGCUGCUUUAUACUGAUGUGUGUGAACAAGCAGUUAACAACCAGGACCUGUUGAUGACCAGUAAUCUCUAUCAGUGAUGUUUUACUUGCUUUUCCUACAUUGUUACUAUGUUUCAUUCAAAAUUAUAUAAAUAAACGCACAGUUUGUUUGUA